GGCAAAUCCGUUGCUGAAAGAAAGUCUCAGGAAAAAAAACAAAAGCAGUUUUGGAUUGAGAAAAUCAGUAAGAGAGAAAAAUGCUAGCAUUGUUUGAGAAAUCAGUGGCAAAGAGCCCAGAAGGGCUGAAGAGCCCACAUGAAAAUGGUGGAAAAGAAGGAAAGGGGGAUCUGUUGGAGCAUUUCUCAUCUGUGAAUUCUGCUGUCGUCUCUAUAAACCUUGGCCCUCUUGCAUCUAUGGCUUACACCACUCAGAAACAGAAUCCUCUCCUCCCAAGGCUAUUUGCCGUCGUGGACGAUAUAUUUUGCUUGUUCCAGGGACACAUUGAGAACAUUGCCAUUCUAAAACAACAGUAUGGACUGAACAAGACGGCAAACGAAGUUAUCAUUGUAAUCGAAGCUUACAGGACUCUAAGAGAUAGAGGUCCUUAUCCUGCAGACCAGGUUGUGAGGGAUCUAAAUGGGAAAUUCGCAUUCAUUCUGUUUGAUAGCUCUGCAAAAGCCACAUUCAUAGCUGCUGAUGCUGAUGGGAGUGUUCCCUUCUUUUGGGGCACCGAUUCUGAAGGCCAUCUUGUUCUCGCAGACGAUGUGGAGAUCAUUAAAAAGGGUUGUGGGAAAUCUUUUGCACCAUUUCCAAAAGGCUGCUUCUUCACAACCUCUAAAGGGUUGCAGAGUUUUGAACAUCCACUCAAUGAGUUGAAGCCAUUGGUGAGGGUUGAUAGUCAAGGACAGGUGUGCGGUUCGAAUUAUAAGGUUGAUGCGGAAUCGAAGAAGGAUACCGGCAUGCCUAGAGUCGGGAGCGCUGCAAAUUGGUCUGCGCACUACUGAUCUAAUAAUCACCGCCCAGAUAGGCUUUGUUAUAAAGGGGCCUCUGGCUGGGAUUUAUCAUCCUAUUCAUAACAUGGACAUCAUUUCUAGUUCUUAUAUGAUUGACUUUGCUGCUUUUAUAUAAGAGGAUGCUAUUACUCCCGGGCAUGUUUAAAUUAAUAGAUUUUCUUUAUAUGAAGUUUUUAUCCCUUGAUUUGGGUCUUCUGAAAUGCUAGAUGUUGCUUAAGGUUAUCUAAUGUUCAAGUUGGAAAUGAACUGGCUUUUCUUA